GGAGUUCCAAAGACUCUGGCAUCCUUGCUGUUCAACACCAACACUAAACCUCACUCUCUCAGGCAGCAUCAUAUCACAAUGGAGGAGUUCCUUGCCCAGGAAUUAGGGUUUGGAACAUCACAAAGAGGUACUGUGCUCCUUUUUGGAUGUGGUGUGAAGCUGGUAAGCAGCCAAUCCUUUCCAGCCCUCAGACACUUGAGAAUGAUGUCUUCAACAAAUGAAGUUGGCAAGUUGAUAGCCUUGCAUAAAGAAGGAGAAUCAAGGAUUGAUCUGUGCCUCCAAUAUAGUAACCAAAGACUGGGGAUUAAGCAACGACGUUUCAAUUUCAGUAGGAGAGUUGAUGAACCACUCCAGGCUCUGCUGUCAAGAAUGUAUGCAAAUUUUGAAAAAGCCACUCAAAAAAGCAAAAAGAAGAAGGAAAAUGAGGGGAAACAGGAAUCAGGUGAUAAUCCAAAAUUUGAAAUACUUGAACAAGAAAUGUACUUUCUUGAUUCAUCUGGUGAGAAAAUAGCAAGUGAUAGACCUGUUGUUGAAGUUCUGUUUCAAGGAAAUUUGGAUGUGCGUCUGAAGAUUUGUGACUCUGUGAUUGAGAUAGAAAGGAAUCCUCCCACAAUAAUGAACUUAUCUUUACCAAGCAGCAUAAUGGCAGGUUUCCUUGUGUAUCCAAAGAAAUUGGAGGUUGAAUUUGCAACCUUAGAGGAUGUAAUAAUGAAGUGGUACAUUUCAUCAUCUUCAAGCAACUCUGAUCUGCCUUGGGAGGACAAAGGUGUUCAAAGAUAUUUGGAAGUCACUAAUGCAGACAUUGGUAAGAAGGUGAAGCUUAUGGCCACUCCAAGGAAAGGGGAGAAGCUUGGAGAACCAUGGGAGGUUAUAUCCAAGUGUGUGAUUGAAGCAGGUCCUGGACAUUGCCCAUUUGAGGAUCGUCAUCUUUUCACCCAGCAAUGGGCUCCAGAGUUGAGUUUUCGUGUCAUCUCAUACAACAUCUUGGCUGACCUAUAUGCUGACUCUGAUCACUCUAGGGAGCAUCUAUUCCCAACUUGUCCUCCAUAUGCAUUGGCAAUGGAUUAUAGGAGACAACUCCUCUUCAAGGAAAUUACAGGAUACAGAGGAGACCUCAUAUGCCUUCAGGAGGUGGAUACCAAAGUGUUCCAGUAUGACUUCUUGCCCACUUUCUCAUGCUUGGGCUACUCGGGUCUUUUCUGUCGGAAAGGUGGACUAGUAGCCGAGGGACUUGCAGUUUUCUUCCAAAACUCCAAGUUCAGACUAGUUGGAGAGCACUCCUUUAGUUUGAGUGAGGAACUCCAGACAAAUCCAGUCCUGGAUGACCUUUUCUCUGUCCUGCAGAGAAAUCAGAAGUUACUUGAGCGAGCCUUGCAGCGAACUACGACAUUUCAGGUUGUGCUGCUUGAAAGUGUGAAGGUGAAAGGGAAGUACCUGUUUGUAGGCAAUACUCACUUGUACUUUCAUCCUGAUGCUGAUCAUAUACGUUUGAUUCAGGCUGCAACAUGCAUGAGACUCAUUGAAGCUCUAAUUGCAGAAAAAUUCUCUGGGGUGAAUGAAGAGGAGUCAUGUGAUGGAAUUGAUCUCACUCAGCCUUUUCCAUUUGCAAGUGCCUGUGGGACACCAGCAUACACAAACUUCACCAAGGGAUUCAAUGGAUGUCUUGAUUACAUAUUCUAUCAAAAAGAUAGAUUGACUGUGGAAGAGGUGAUCCCUUUCCCAUCUCAUGAGGAUGUGACAGAACAUGGUGCUUUGCCCAGUGUGACAUUCCCUUCUGAUCAUUUGGCUCUAAUAGCCCAACUGGCAUUCAAAAGAUGAUGAUUUGUUCCAAUAAAUCUACUAUGAGAGUACAGAAG